GCCACCGACGGAGCCGGACGCUCAUCGCGGUUUUUGGUCUCGAAUAAUUGAUUUCGACUGUCAAUUUAUUACGUCCCCUAACUUCAGUAAUUGUGCAAUUCGUGUGUGAGAAUACCAAUUGCAAGAUUUACAAAAAUAAAUAAAUAAGUGAAAUUUUAUAAGGUUUAAAACCCCCUGCUGAUAAUUUGGUGAUUGUGAUUAAACGUAGGCUACAUAGAAAUCUACAUAAGAAGCUGUCUUUCGAGAUGUCAUCGAUUCGGUUAAUUUGCUUUGGCCUCCUCUUCCUGGUCAUCACUUUGGGCCAUGUGACGUCACAGCGUACGUCACUGGACGUGGCUCUGAAGAAUGCCUAUAGACCGCUGCGUCUCCUGGGCCUGGCCUUCACCGGAAGAUCUGGCGACGAUCCACAAAACGUGCAUCGCGUGCAAAUUGCGGGGAAAACCCAGAAAUCGAAUCCACGUACUCGAGCCUUACUUGAGUUCUGUGAUGCGGAGCAUGGUCCAGGAAAAAGGAGCCAGGAGAGACCAACAAGUGUACACCGUUUGCGACCUGGAGACAUCGAUGUGAUCGGGGCAAUGGGUGACUCGUUGACAGCUGGAAACGGCAUUUUCGCCACGAAUCUGCUUCAUGUGACUGUGGAGAACAGAGGUGUCGUUUGGUCCAUUGGGGGUCAGUAUGAUUGGCGAAAGUAUCUCACCCUGCCAAACAUCCUCAAGGAGUUCAACCCGAAUCUAUACGGAUAUGCGAUUAAGGAUGGAAUCUCUACGGACCGCACCUCUCGCUUUGAUGUGGCCGAAUUGGCUGCCAUGUCCAGGGAUAUGCCCUAUAUGGCUAAGGUCUUGGUUCGGCGAAUGCAACGAGAUCCCAAAGUAAACAUGACCACCGACUGGAAGUUGAUCACUCUUUUCAUUGGCAAUAAUGAUUUCUGCACGGAUAUUUGUUAUUAUCCGGAACCAGAGAAGACGGUUGACUGGCACGAACGGAAUAUGCUAAAGACUUAUCGUUAUCUAAGGGAUAAUGUGCCACGCCUUAUGCUGAACAUAGUACCCGCCCCGAAUCUGCGAUUCCUUACCAAUCUUUCCGGUCUGCCGCCUAUCUGCUACAGUACACUCCGCUUCGAGUGUCCCUGUUUGAUGGGUAAGGGCAAGGGACAGCUGGAUUAUCUGGAAGGUAUCAUGAAACGCUGGAUAGCCAAGGACUGGGAGAUUGCCAACAGGGAGGAGUUUAACACCGAGACGUUUACGAUAAAUGUUCAGCCAUUUUCGCAGUUUGAGGACUUCCCACGCACGCGAUCCGGACAAACGGAUACUCGAUUCUUCUCUGAGGACUGCUUCCAUCUUAGCCAACGAGGACAUGCCGCAGCAGCCAAUUCCAUAUGGAACAAUAUGCUGGAACUUCCUGGGGAAAAGAGUGGAUUUGCCACCCGUCUCUUCGAGACUUUCCACUGUCCCAGCGAACAGCGUCCUUACCUCAUCACACGGGAGAACAGUCGCCCGGAGUUUGUGAUCUAAUCGCGAAUGUGAGGCCUGUUCUACGCUGUGAAAUACUCCCUGUGAUAUCUCGCCUAAGUCUUCUUUCCAAGUUUUCUUGUUUAUUUGUAGCUUUAAUUAGCCAUAUGCUAAGUGUAAAUAUUCGAUGAGAAUGAGAAAGUCAAAUAAAAUGUUAUUCUUAAACUA